GAAAAAAAGGUUAGCUGAUGACAAAAACUUGGUCGAUUGAGGAAGGGAGGGUAAUUCGGUAAUAAUGGAAACGUCGACAAUGGGUUGGCUGCUAAGGCUUUUGCCCCCAAAACCAAAAGUUGGUUUGGCUGGAUUGGAUUCUUGACUGACUUCUCCAUUACAAAUACAAACCUAACAAACCUUUCUCUUCAAUCAAGACUAAGACAAACAAAAAGGAUAGGAGACUGACUAUGGAGUCCGACGACCCCGAGCUGACAAUCCUCAACCCUCAGCUUCACGAUAAACCCUUCACCAAGGUCAGAGAAGAAGGCGAACUAUCUUCGGACGAAGAGGAGGACGUGCCUUUUCUGCCUCAGAAAGAUCACGUAAACUCUGUCCAACAGUGCACUAGUAUUGAUGCUCCUGCUCGAUCGGGUCCUGUUCCUACAGAAAACAAAUGCAGUGACAACUUUCAAGAAGAUAAUGUUGUUUCUAGCAAUAAUCCUGUAGUGACUGCGGAUAUUCAGUCCCGAGCAUCUAUAAAACCAAUGACUAAGAAGAAUUUUGAUAAGAGUUGGGUAUCGUCAAAUACUGGUAGUCCUGGCCCUGGAUGGUGUGCUCCGGUGGGAGCCACUGAUAAUCUUGUAAUACGCUUCUCGGAUAAUGACAGUGGCAGUGAUUCUGAUGAAUGUGUAAAAGUAAAAGCUACUGAAACUAAAAGUAGUGUAGCUAGAGUGGUUAGCAAUCAAAAACCUCCUGCCCCUUUACAUUCAAAGUUAAACAAACAGGUUGCCACUGGCAUUGUAGGCAAAGUUAUACCCAAAAGAUUGCCUUUAAAUCGAACAUAUAUUUCACCAGUGGCCAAAAUUCCUGGACCCAAUGUUAGUGGUGCUGGGGCAUUGCCAGCUGAGCAUAGUAAUCGAAUGAGAAAAGUUAAUUCUGUGAACAAAAAUGUAUCAAGCCAAGAACGUGGGUUUGGUCAAGGUGUAGGCCUGAACAAUAGUAAGCUUCAAGACUUGCGUCAGCAGAUUGCACUUCGGGAAAGUGAAUUGAAGCUUAAGUCUGCACAACGAAGUAAGGAAGCAGUUUCACUCAGAGAUGAGAAUGCUGUGAGUUUGCCUAGUGAUGCAGUUAGGAAAAUUGGGGCGACAUCUGCCAAAAGUGCACAAAGAGAAUCAAAAGAACCAGAGAAAAAACGGGUUAAAGUCACUGGAUCUUACUCAAAUCAGCCAAAUUCAAUGGGUCAGCGAGACGAGUCUGUUGGAAGAUCUAUAUUGCCAAUAAAGCAGCCAGUGCAGAAUAACAUAGCAGAAGCAACGAAGUUAGAUCAUGGACAGAAAGAAAAUACUGCAGGUAGAGCAAAACCAAGCAUCACUAAAGGGCAACCGAAAAAUGGGAAACAAGGACCUCAUUUAGCGGAAAAUAUAUCUGUCGUGCCAAAAGAUGGUUUUACUGUUGUCAGAAAUUGCAUUGAGUCUGGUGGGAAUAAUAAGCAUGUGGAAUCAUUUUCGGUGUUAAACCCGGAUACAUCAACAGCAGGGAAUAAGAUUUCUAAUGUUAUCCCAAAGAACUUAAACAGUGUGGAGUUGAAUCCAAGAAAAAUUGUUCCUCAUCAGCAACAAAGUACUUUCUUUAACAAAGAAACAGUGGGAAAAAAUCUUAUGAUUGACAACCAUCCUCACAUCUCAUCCGGUGACAAGAUGCUUGAGCCUGCAUUCAAUGAUAACAUUCAGGCAUCUUUAAAUAAUGAAAACUUUUGGAAUUGUUCAAGUAAUGCAAAUGUGUCAGAACGUAACAGAAUAAAUGUGCAGUCAUUGGUUGAAAUGGAGGAAUCAUUAGACAAAGAUCUUGAGGAAGCUCAAGAGCUUAGACAUAGAUGUGAAAUUGAAGAAAGAAAUGCUCUCAAAGCUUAUCGUAAAGCUCAAAGGGAUCUGGUUGAGGCUAAUGCUAGAUGUUCCGAUCUGUAUCGUAAAAGAGAAUUGUACUCUUCCCACUUGCGAUCAUUUAUCAUGGACAGUUCAGAUUUAUUAGGCUCCUCAAGACAGAAUGAGAAAGUUGGAAUUGGGUCAGAUUACUCGAAAGAUGUGUCUGAAAAUAUGCUUCUGUUACCAUCAAGAAAUCACUUACUCAAAUAUGAUGGUGUUAAUCCACUAGGAGUUGGCUCCAACUUCAGUUAUAUCAACAUUCUUCCAGCUCAAACAUCAGAUAGGCAUGUGAGUGGACAACAUUUGGGGUCAGAACUGGGCAGUGAACCAGAUGCUAGUACAUCUGAGCCAUUGUGCUGUAUGGGCAAAGCAGCUGCUGAUGGGGUCCGAUCUUCUUCUAAUGAUCCAAAUAUUGAUGAAGACGAUGAGUCAUUUUCAUUUGAACGUGAAAAUGUCAAAUCUAGCUUUGGGUGUUUUACAAAAAACAACAGUAGUGGUGAUUUGGAGAAGGAUGUAAAUAUGAAACCUGGUAGAAAACCGUCAACUGAUAGCUCGAGGGAAUCUUUUCUACUUGAAGAAACAUUGAGAUCUGAACUUUUUGCAAGGUUAGGGGCAAAAAAUUUGUCAAAGAACAGUGGUUCAUGUAAUAAUAUCCCCCUUACUAUCGAACAGGGAACUGAAAAUGAUGUCAACAGUGAAAAAACCCAAACAAGUUUACAGACUUUUCCAUUCCCUGAUGCAGAAGAAGGUGAACAAUCUGAUUAUGGAGGCCCUGGUAGAUUGGAGAGAAUUAACUCCGACGCACCUGAUAUUCAACUUGAACACUGCAAUGAAGAUAAUUGUUUGAUCUCUCAUUCUCAUACUAAUGCAGAGGAUAACAGAUUUUACAACAAAGAAGAUUCUUCUUGUAUAUCAAUUACAAGUUCUAACAUCUUCAAAAGUGUUUUUGCUAAUAUGAAAGUUAUUACACCAUCGACUCUAAUGGAGUGGCUGGCUGGAAAUCGACAGAAUUACAUUAAUGGUGUUAGCAAAAAAGAGGAUGCUUGUCCCAACUCUGACCAAAUGCAGGGGAGCAAUACUCAAGCAGACUCAACAGAAGAGGCUGUUACUGAAUUAUUUGGAACAGACAUUGGCUCAUACAAUUGUGAUAUUUCAGUUGACCCCUUUAAACCCCUUUGCAUGUAUGAACUCCGAGGAAAGUGCAACAAUGAUGAAUGUCCUUGGCAGCAUGUCAGGGACAAGUGUAGUGAAAUUAUAUCUCAUGAUCAGAAUAAUGAUUCUGAUACUGAUGCAAAAGUUCCCAAGUACUAUGAUGUUAUGAUGUCCCCAACAUAUCUAGUUGGCUUAGAUACCCUGAAAGCUGAUCUGAACUCAUACCAAUCUGUUUUAGCAUGGAGAAAUAGUCAUUGCUGGCAGAAAUGUUUCAGUUUAUCCUUAACAUUAUCAAGUUUGUUGUCAAAUGGUUUGCCUGCACAUGGGCCUCUCGCACAUGGUAGUGAUGGCCGCAUAGAAGUCUGUGGAAGCUGGAGUAGGCAAUCGUCAUAUAUUCUGAGUAGAACUAGCAGAAUGAAUGAACACAAACAGUAUUUGACUGAUAAUGAGCAAGCCCUGGAAACGGCUAUUUUAAUUUUCAAUCAGGAGGUAGACAAAUUUGAAGCUGUGAAAGAGGCUCUUCACAUUAUAUCUCGGGCUCUGGAGGCUGAUCCAAGAUCUAUAUCUCUCUGGAUAUUCCAUUUUCUUAUUUACUAUAGUAGUGUGAAGUCUACUGGGAAUGAUGACCUGUUCUCUUAUGCGGUCAAAUACAAUCAAGGAUCUUAUGAACUCUGGCUUAUGUAUAUCAACAGCUGCACACAUAUUGAUGAUCGGUUAAGUAAAUAUUAUGCAGCACUCUCUGCUCUUUGCUUCCAUAGUACUGCAUCUGACUGGGAUAGAUUGCAUGCUAGUGCUUGCAUCUUAGAUCUGUUUUUACAAAUGGUGGAUUGCUUGUGCAUGUCUGGGAAUGUUGAAAAGGCUAUCCAGAAGAUCUUUGAACUCCUUGCUGUUGACAGUAAUUCUGAUGAACCUGCAGUCCUGCUCUCUGAUAUACAUGCACGCCUGACAGUUUCUGAUAAAUUCAUAUUCUGGAUUUCUUGUGUUUACUUGGUUAUUUAUAGGAAAUUACCAGAUGCCGUGGUCCAGCAAUUUGAAUGUGAGAAACAGGCCUCAGAAAUUGAGUGGCCUUCCAUUAUUUUACUAGAUGAUGAGAAGCAGAGGGCUGUUAAGUUGAUAGAAAAAGGAAUGCUUUCUAUUGAUUCAUUGAUGAAAACUGAAUUACUUAAAGAUGAUAUUAAUCUGACCUCAGCACAUUUUUUUGCUGUCAAUCAUAUUAGGUGCAUGGUUGCUCUAGACAAUUUGGAAUGUAGUAGAAAUUUGUUGGAUAAAUAUCUUGGACUAUUUCCAUCAUGCUUGGAACUUGUUUUAAUACGAGCACAUGAAAAGGAUUUCGGGGAUCUUAGUUUCUCGGGCUUUGAGGAAAUCCUUGGUAGCUGGCCAAAAGAAGUCCCAGGAAUUCAGUGUAUUUGGAAUCAGUAUGCACAAUGUGCUGUCCAAAGUAAAGGAUAUGAAUGUGGGAAGGUACUCAUGGACCGGUGGUUUCAUUCGGUUUGGAAAGUUCAUGAUCUGCAGAAUGGUAUGAAUAGUGAGAAUAUAGAAUUAGCUUCGGAUUCAAUCUUGGAAUCUCUUCCUAAUCUAAGUCCAAUUGAUGUGAUGUUUGGAUUUCUUAAUCUCUCUCUUUAUAAGCUAAUGCAAAAUGAUCGUCUUGGAGCUAGCAUAGCUGUUGAAAAGGCAUUAAAAGCUUCUAUUCCUAAAUAUUUCAAGUACUGCAUUGGAGAACAUGCCAUGUUUUUGCUCACUGGUGAAUCGCUAUUGAAAGAGAAUGCUUCUGUCAGUGGUGUGCUGAACAUUUUGGAGCGGUACAUAGGUAAUUCAUUACCUUUCUCUGUCCCUGAGCCUUUGCCUAGAAAAUUUAUCAAAAACAUCAAGAAACCUAGAGUGCGACAGCUUAUGAGCAACAUAUUCAGUCCAGUUUCGUCUGAUUUCUCUCUUGUAAACUUGGUUCUUGAACUCUGGUAUGGGCCAACUUUUCUACUUGAAUUAUUGUGUAAGCCAAAGCUUUUGGUGGAUUUUGUUGAAGGCAUUCUGGACAUAUCUCCAUCCAACUAUGAAUUAGCUAUGUCUGUUUGUAGACAUUUGAGCAGUCCCAACAGCUCUACUGAUCUUACUCCGACCAGUAUAUUGUUCUGGGCAAGCUCAAACUUAGUUAGUGCAAUUUUGCAUGCUGUCCCGAUUCCUCCAGAGCAUGUAUGGGUUGAAGCUGCUCGCAUCUUGGGUAAUGUAAUGGGUGUCAACACCAUAUCUCAGAGAUUUUACGGAAGAGCAUUGGUGGUAUAUCCAUUUUCUGUAAAGUUGUGGAAGUCCUACCAGACCCUUUACACGGAUAUAGAGAUGAAAAAGAGUAUUGCAGAGGAAGCCAAAGCAAAGGGUUUAGACCUUUGCUAACUUUGUUUAUGACUUCAAUUGGAUUAGAAAAUUGGGUAAUGAGUAUUGCAUUUGCAUUUGCUUCAAUUGGAUGUUUCAUUGAUAAACAUCCCUGGAAAGCACACCCUCGGCAAGGGAUGUUUUGUUUUGGUUACUAUUUUUGCUGACACAGGUUAGUGGACCUUUCUUGGACCUUUUUAUGUUUUGAAUUUAGGAACUACGUACAAAGCUGCUUGUACAGGAUAGAAACACAAUCAAAAAUAGGUUGUAGCUUUUACCAGCUUGGCAUUAGCCAUUCCCUUAGUUUUUUACCACUUUUGAUUUUUGUUUUUUGUCACCAUUCAUAUUAGACACUUAUUUUUGUUUAUCAAUAUAUGUAGAGUAAUUGUAAUUACAUAGACUAUUGUACUUGUUGGCUCUUAUACAUGAAAUGAAUUUGGAAUAGUUCCUUCCUGUUA